UCCGUGUAGUUUACAAAGCUCGCCAGGAAUGCUUAUGCACAUAUCGUUAUCGUGUCUUACAUUUUAAUAGAUUUCAAGCAGUCUUAAUAAUUAAAUGUUUUGUGUACGUUCACAAAGCAUGGGUAAUUGAUUAUUCUUCUACUGUGGCUGUCGAUAAUGGACAGCAAUUCAACGGAACGCGGUGCAAAGCCAAGAAACAAUCGCAACAGACAGCAAAGCCAACGCGUUGUACGAAAACUUCCGCCGCGUGUAGCAAACGACAAGCGAAAUAAUAUUUAUAUUACAAGCAAGACAGACUUUAAAGCACAGCAAAAGCGAUGCGAGGAUCUGUUGAAUGCGGGCGCUAAGGAAAUCUUUUUACAUUGCAUGGGUUAUUCGAUAACGCGUGGCCUCAAUUUGGCAUUGCGUCUUAUCGAUAACUCGGAGGGUGCCCUAAGCUACGCGAUAAACACAUCUACCAUCAAUCUAGUGGAUGAACUGCAUCCACUUUGUGAUGAGGACGAUAUAACCUAUAGACAACGCAACAAUUCCGCAUUACACAUCAAGAUCUUCAAUAACAAUCUGUUCGAUAUUGUGGUACCUAAGCUGCCAGCACAGACGAACUACACUGAAGCGAGCAGUAAGAAGCCACAAAAGAAACAAAAGUAGAGAAUCAUGUUUAAAU